UCUUCAUCCCUCUGACGUCAUGACAGCAGCAGCAUCAGCUGUUAGCUCCGCUUUAAGCCUUUUCGCUGCCGAUCGCUUCCUGCACAAAGGAAAUAUAUGAGAUCCCCUCUAAUCCCUGAAAUGGCUACACAGGAGGUACAGCUGAACGAGACUCUGGCUCAUCUUAAAACGGAGUCGGAGACGCUGAAGUCGAAGCUGGAGGAGGAAAGAGCGAAGCUGCACGAUGUCGAGCUACAUCAGGUGGCAGAGAAGGUGGAGGGUCUUGGUCAGUUUGUCAUGAAGACCCGGAGAACUCUGAAGGGACACGGAAACAAAGUUCUGUGUAUGGACUGGUGCAAAGACAAGAGGAGAAUCGUCAGCUCCUCACAGGAUGGGAAAGUGAUUGUGUGGGACGCUUUCACCACUAACAAGGAACACGCUGUGACAAUGCCUUGCACCUGGGUGAUGGCCUGCGCCUACGCCCCCUCUGGCUGCGCUGUUGCUUGUGGGGGCCUGGACAACAAGUGCUCGGUGUAUCCUCUGUCCCUGGACAAGAAUGAGAACUUGGCUGCGAAGAAGAAGUCGGUGGCGAUGCACACAAACUACCUGUCCGCCUGUAGCUUCACCAACUCCGAUAUGCAGAUCCUGACGUCCAGCGGGGAUGGAACAUGUGCAUUAUGGGAUGUCGAGAGCGGGCAGCUGUUGCAGAGUUUCCAUGGACACGCAGCCGACGUGCUGUGUCUGGACCUGGCCCCAUCCGAGACCGGAAACACAUUCGUCUCAGGGGGCUGCGAUAAGAAGGCUAACGUGUGGGACAUGCGCUCAGGACAGUGUAUCCAGUCCUUUGAAACUCAUGAAUCAGACAUAAAUAGUGUGCGAUAUUAUCCCAGUGGAGAUGCUUUUGCAUCUGGCUCAGAUGAUGCAACAUGCCGCUUGUAUGACUUGAGGGCAGACAGAGAAGUGGCCAUUUAUUCCAAAGAGAGCAUCAUAUUUGGGGUCUCCAGCGUUGAUUUCUCCCUCAGUGGCCGACUACUGUUUGGUGGCUACAAUGACUACACCAUAAAUGUUUGGGAUGUUCUCAAAGGAACACGAGUCUCUAUUCUGUUUGGACAUGAGAACCGUGUCAGUACGCUGCGUGUUUCCCCCGAUGGGACGGCCUUCUGCACAGGUUCCUGGGACCACACUCUUCGGAUCUGGGCUUAAGCAUCAAGACACAAAAGGAUCAAAUAGUAGACAGACCUGCUGAAGACACACUGAUGUUUCUGUUUGCUAGAGUACAAUCACACAGAUAGAGACUCAGUUUUGAUUGUACAUAGAGCAUAUCAAUAGCAGUGUAUAUACUCCCGUCUCUUGGCCAGGGUAGAUUUACAUAUUUCAAAGAGUAAUUAAACCAAAUGGCACGCUUGCACAGAAGUAAUUAUGGUUACAAUGUAAAAAGUAUAUUGUAGAAAAUAUUGUUGGUAGUGACUUGCAUCAGUCUAGGAUAGAAGUGACACAAUAAAGUCAUGUAUUGUAUGUGCCCACAUAAAGGACAUCACUUGUUUAUUUAUUUGUUUUUUACAUGUAUUAUAACUUCAUGAGACUGAGAAGAAAUGCUGAGGGAUGGGGUGUCUCCACUGGGAAAUAUUGGAAUACAAAUGAUACUAAUGAGGAUAUUUCUAUUGACUUGGAGAAAUGAUGACAAUAUUAUUUAGUCUGAAGCCAGUUAAAGAUAAUAUUGGAUAUGAUGGAGUAUUGGGAUAAAAUGUUAUAAACAAAAGCUCAAAUUUGCAGUUUGUUAAAGAUGAAUAUGAAACUACUGCUCAACACCCUGUGUACCCAACUAGUCCUUUCUUGGCAGCAACUCGCCUGCCAGUAUUACACUGACACGAAAAAGCACAUUCACAGGUGAACCUAAAAUGUAUGAUGUUGAUGUUCCAUCUAUGUGGUCUGAAAAUAUAGUUUACCUCUCAUCUUUGUUCGUUUCCAGCUGUUGGAAACCACUUACUAUUAAUGUGCACAUUCAGUCACUAGAGACACCCUGAACUUUUGGUCCCCCACUAGCUAUAUAAAUACAAACACAUAGAAAAAAAUAUAUCAGAAUGUACUCCUUUUCAUGCAGUUGUCCAAUGGCUGUAAUUUCAUAUUUAUUGUAAUUAUUUUAUUGUAGUUUAGUGUACAGAUAUACAAGGGACUGUUAAUCAAAAUAUUACAAACAUAUUAAACUGAGUUUGGAAUAUCA